AUGGCACAGGCACUGUUGGUACCCCCAGGACCUGAAAGCUUCCGCCUUUUUACUAGAGAAUCUCUUGCUGCUAUCGAAAAACGUGCUGCAGAAGAGAAAGCCAAGAAACCCAAGAGAGAACAAGACAAUGAUGAAGAGAACGAACCAAAGCCAAACAGUGACUUGGAGGCUGGAAAGAAUCUUCCAUUCAUUUACGGAGACAUCCCUCCAGGGAUGGUGUCAGAGCCACUGGAGGACUUGGACCCCUACUAUAUCAACAGGAAAACUUUUAUAGUAUUGAAUAAAGGGAAGGCAAUUUUCCGAUUCAGUGCCACCUCUGCCUUCAUGCUUAUCAUGUGCACUAUCUUGACCAACUGUGUAUUUAUGACCUUGAGUAACCCUCCAGACUGGACAAAGAAUGUAGAGUACACAUUCACUGGAAUCUAUACCUUUGAGUCACUUAUAAAAAUCUUGGCAAGAGGGUUUUGCUUAGAAGAUUUUACAUUCCUUCGUGACCCAUGGAACUGGCUGGAUUUCAGUGUCAUAGUCAUGGCGUAUGUAACAGAAUUUGUAAACCUAGGCAAUGUUUCAGCUCUUCGAACUUUCAGAGUCUUGAGAGCUCUGAAAACUAUUUCUGUAAUCCCAGGUUUAAAGACCAUCGUGGGGGCCCUGAUCCAGUCUGUGAAGAAGCUUUCUGACGUCAUGAUCUUGACUGUGUUCUGUCUGAGCGUGUUUGCUCUAAUUGGUCUGCAGCUGUUCAUGGGCAACCUGCGGAAUAAAUGCUUACAAUGGCCCCCAAGCGAUUCUGCUUUUGAAACCAACACCACCUCUUUCUUUAAUGGCACAAUGAAUUCAAAUGGGACAUUUGUUAAUGUAACAAUGAGCACAUUUAACUGGAAGGAUUACAUUGACGAUGACAGUCACUUUUAUGUUCUGGAUGGACAAAAUGACCCUUUACUGUGUGGAAAUGGAUCAGAUGCAGGCCAAUGUCCAGAAGGAUACAUCUGUGUGAAGGCUGGUCGAAACCCCAACUAUGGCUACACAAGCUUUGACACUUUUAGCUGGGCUUUCUUGUCUCUAUUUCGACUCAUGACUCAAGACUACUGGGAGAACCUUUAUCAACUGACAUUACGUGCUGCUGGAAAAACAUACAUGAUAUUUUUUGUGCUGGUGAUUUUCUUGGGCUCGUUUUAUCUGGUGAAUUUGAUCCUGGCUGUGGUGGCCAUGGCCUAUGAAGAACAGAAUCAGGCAACACUGGAAGAGGCUGAACAGAAAGAAGCUGAAUUUCAGCAGAUGCUUGAACAGAUUAAAAAGCAACAGGAAGAAGCUCAGGCAGUUGCAGCGGCAUCAGCCGCCUCGAGGGAUUUCAGUGGAAUAGGUGGGUUAGGAGAGCUCUUGGAAAGUUCAUCAGAAGCAUCAAAAUUAAGCUCCAAAAGUGCUAAGGAGUGGAGGAACCGAAGAAAGAAAAGAAGACAGAGGGAGAAUCUUGAAGGAGACAACAAAGGAGAGGGAAACAGGUUUCCCAAGUCUGAAUCUGAGGACAGUGUCAAAAGAAGAAGUUUCCUUUUCUCCAUGGAUGGAAAUCGACUAACUAGUGACAAGAAAUUCUACUCCCCUCAUCAGUCUCUGUUAAGUAUCCGUGGUUCCCUGUUUUCCCCACGACGCAAUAGCAAAACAAGUAUUUUCAGCUUCAGAGGUCGGGCAAAGGAUAUCGGUUCUGAAAAUGACUUUGCUGACGAUGAACACAGUACAUUUGAAGACAGCGAGAGCAGGAGAGACUCACUGUUUGUGCCGCACAGACACGGAGAGCGACGCAACAGUAACGUUAGUCAGGCCAGUAUGUCAUCCAGGAUGGUGCCAGGGCUUCCGGCCAAUGGGAAGAUGCACAGCACUGUGGAUUGCAAUGGUGUGGUUUCCUUGGUGGGUGGACCAUCGGCUCUAAGCUCACCUACUGGACAUCCGCCAGAGGGCACCACCGCUGAAACGGAAGUCAGAAAGAGAAGGCUAAGUUCUUACCAGAUUUCAAUGGAGAUGCUAGAAGAUUCCUCCGGAAGGCAAAGGGCCAUGAGCAUAGCCAGCAUCCUGACUAACACAAUGGAGGAACUUGAAGAAUCUAGGCAGAAAUGUCCACCAUGCUGGUAUAGAUUUGCCAAUAUGUUCUUGAUCUGGGACUGCUGUGAUGCAUGGUUAAAAGUAAAGCAUCUUGUGAAUUUAAUUGUUAUGGAUCCAUUUGUUGAUCUUGCCAUCACUAUUUGCAUUGUCUUAAAUACCCUCUUCAUGGCCAUGGAGCACUACCCAAUGACUGGUCAAUUCAGUAGUGUGUUGACUGUAGGAAACCUGGUCUUCACUGGGAUCUUCACAGCAGAAAUGGUCCUCAAGAUCAUCGCCAUGGAUCCAUAUUAUUAUUUCCAAGAGGGCUGGAAUAUCUUUGAUGGAAUUAUUGUCAGCCUUAGUUUGAUGGAGCUUGGCCUGGCAAAUGUGGAGGGACUGUCUGUACUGAGAUCAUUCAGACUGCUUCGAGUGUUCAAGUUGGCAAAAUCCUGGCCCACCCUGAAUAUGCUAAUUAAGAUCAUCGGUAAUUCAGUGGGAGCUCUGGGUAACCUCACCUUGGUGUUGGCCAUCAUCGUCUUCAUUUUUGCCGUGGUCGGCAUGCAGCUCUUUGGGAAGAGCUAUAAAGAAUGUGUCUGCAAGAUUUCCAAUGACUGUGAGCUUCCCCGCUGGCACAUGCAUGACUUCUUCCACUCCUUCCUGAUUGUGUUCCGGGUGCUGUGUGGAGAGUGGAUAGAGACCAUGUGGGACUGCAUGGAGGUCGCCGGUCAAACCAUGUGCCUCAUUGUUUUCAUGCUGGUCAUGGUCAUUGGAAACCUGGUGGUUCUGAACCUCUUUCUGGCCUUAUUGUUGAGUUCAUUUAGCUCAGACAAUCUUGCUGCUACUGAUGAUGAUAAUGAAAUGAACAAUCUCCAGAUUGCAGUAGGAAGGAUGCAAAAGGGAAUUGAUUAUGUGAAAAAUAAGAUACGGGAGUGUUUCCAAAAAACGUUUUUCAGAAAGCCAAAAGUUAUAGAAAUCCAUGAAGGCAACAAAAUAGACAGCUGUGUGUCUAAUAAUACUGGAAUUGAAAUAAGCAAAGAGCUUAAUUAUCUUAAAGAUGGGAAUGGAACCACCAGUGGUGUAGGUACUGGAAGCAGUGCUGAAAAAUAUGUAAUUGAUGAAAACGAUUAUAUGUCAUUCAUAAACAAUCCCAGCCUCACUGUAACGGUGCCAAUUGCUGUUGGAGAGUCUGACUUUGAAAAUUUAAAUACUGAGGAGUUCAGCAGUGAGUCAGAACUAGAAGAAAGCAAAGAGAAAUUAAAUGCAACCAGCUCAUCUGAAGGAAGUACAGUUGAUGUUGCUCCACCUCGAGAAGGUGAACAAGCUGAAAUUGAACCCGAGGAGGACCUUAAACCAGAAGCUUGUUUUACUGAAGGAUGUAUUAAAAAGUUUCCAUUCUGUCAAGUAAGUAUAGAAGAAGGCAAAGGAAAAAUCUGGUGGAACCUUCGGAAAACCUGCUACAGCAUCGUUGAACACAACUGGUUUGAGACUUUCAUUGUCUUCAUGAUCCUUCUCAGUAGUGGUGCUUUGGCUUUUGAAGACAUAUACAUUGAACAACGAAAGACUAUUAAAACCAUGCUAGAAUAUGCCGACAAGGUCUUCACUUACAUAUUCAUCCUGGAAAUGCUUCUCAAAUGGGUAGCUUAUGGAUUUCAGACAUAUUUCACUAAUGCCUGGUGCUGGCUAGAUUUCUUGAUCGUCGAUGUUUCUUUGGUUAGCUUGGUAGCCAACGCUCUUGGCUACUCAGAACUCGGUGCCAUCAAAUCCCUACGGACAUUAAGAGCUUUAAGACCUCUGAGAGCUUUAUCCCGGUUUGAAGGCAUGAGGGUCGUUGUGAAUGCUCUUGUUGGAGCAAUUCCCUCUAUCAUGAAUGUGCUGUUGGUUUGUCUCAUCUUCUGGCUGAUCUUUAGCAUUAUGGGUGUGAAUUUGUUUGCUGGCAAGUUCUACCACUGUGUAAACACGACAACGGGUAACAUGUUUGAUGUUAGUGAAGUUAACAAUUUGAGUGACUGUCAGGCUCUUGGCAAGAAAGCUCGGUGGAAAAAUGUGAAAGUAAAUUUCGAUAAUGUUGGAGCUGGCUAUCUUGCACUGCUUCAAGUGGCCACAUUUAAAGGCUGGAUGGACAUUAUGUAUGCAGCUGUUGAUUCACGAGAUGUUAAACUUCAGCCUGUAUAUGAAGAAAAUCUGUAUAUGUACUUAUACUUUGUCAUCUUUAUCAUCUUUGGGUCAUUCUUCACUCUGAAUCUAUUCAUUGGUGUCAUCAUAGAUAACUUCAACCAACAGAAAAAGAAGAUAAGGUGGAUUGUAACCAGUUUUCUACUAUGUCUUUACUUUGGAGGUCAAGACAUCUUUAUGACAGAGGAACAGAAAAAAUACUACAAUGCAAUGAAGAAACUUGGGUCUAAGAAACCUCAGAAACCCAUACCUCGGCCUGCAAACAAAUUCCAAGGGAUGGUCUUUGAUUUUGUAACCAGACAAGUUUUUGAUAUCAGCAUCAUGAUCCUUAUCUGUCUCAAUAUGGUCACCAUGAUGGUGGAGACUGAUGACCAGAGCAAAUACAUGACUCUAGUUCUGUCCCGAAUCAACCUUGUGUUCAUUAUUCUGUUCACUGGAGAAUUUGUGCUGAAACUGAUCUCCCUCAGAUACUACUACUUCACCAUAGGCUGGAACAUCUUUGAUUUUGUGGUGGUGAUUCUUUCCAUCGUAGGUAUGUUUCUGGCUGAGCUGAUAGAGAAAUAUUUUGUGUCCCCUACCUUGUUCCGAGUGAUCCGUCUUGCCAGGAUUGGCCGAAUCCUGCGUCUGAUCAAAGGGGCCAAGGGAAUCCGCACGCUGCUCUUUGCUUUGAUGAUGUCCCUUCCUGCGUUGUUUAACAUCGGCCUCCUGCUCUUCCUGGUCAUGUUCAUCUAUGCCAUCUUUGGAAUGUCCAACUUUGCCUAUGUUAAAAAAGAAGCUGGAAUUGAUGACAUGUUCAACUUUGAAACCUUUGGCAACAGCAUGAUCUGCCUGUUCCAGAUUACCACUUCUGCUGGCUGGGAUGGAUUGCUAGCACCUAUCCUCAACAGUGCACCACCGGACUGUGACCCUGACACAAUUCACCCUGGCAGCUCAGUUAAGGGAGACUGUGGGAACCCGUCUGUUGGGAUUUUCUUCUUCGUCAGUUACAUCAUCAUAUCAUUUCUGGUCGUGGUGAACAUGUACAUCGCUGUCAUCCUGGAGAACUUCAGUGUUGCUACUGAAGAAAGCGCAGAGCCUCUGAGUGAGGAUGACUUUGAGAUGUUCUACGAGGUUUGGGAGAAGUUCGAUCCCGACGCCACCCAGUUCAUAGAGUUCUCCAAGCUCUCUGACUUUGCAGCGGCCCUGGAUCCUCCUCUUCUCAUAGCAAAACCAAACAAAGUCCAGCUCAUUGCCAUGGACCUGCCCAUGGUCAGUGGGGACAGGAUCCACUGCCUCGACAUCUUAUUUGCCUUUACAAAGCGUGUUUUGGGUGAGAGUGGAGAGAUGGAUGCCCUUCGAAUCCAGAUGGAAGAUCGCUUCAUGGCAUCAAACCCCUCCAAAGUCUCCUAUGAGCCCAUCACAACCACUCUGAAACGCAAACAAGAGGAGGUGUCUGCGGCUAUCAUUCAGCGUAAUUUCAGGUGUUAUCUUUUAAAGCAAAGGUUAAAGAAGGUAGUGAAUGAGUAUAACAAAGAGGCGAUCAAAGGGAGGAUUGACUUACCUAUAAAAGAUGACAUGAUUAUCGACAAAUUAAACGGGAACUCCACCCCAGAAAAAACAGACGGGAGUUCCUCUACCACCUCUCCUCCUUCCUAUGAUAGCGUAACAAAGCCAGACAAAGAAAAAUUUGACAAAGACAAACCAGAAAAAGAAAGCAAAGGGAAAGAGGUCAGGGAAAAUCAAAAGUAA